AUGCAGUCCGGCAUGGUCGGUGCCGCUCCUUCUAUCGCCCAGCAGGUCCAGGACCAGACCGAGCGCGAUUGCGAGACGUGGCAAGACUUGAUCACGGCGCAGGACGACUUUGUCGCGACCCUCCUCCAGCACCGCGCCGAGCUCCAGCACCGCCUCGCCGAGGCCCAACAGCAGUCGUCGGCUCUCAAGGAGCAGAGUGCGAGUGCGAGGGCGGAGCAGGAGAGGCUUGUCGGCAUCGGCCAGCUCGAGGCGCAGGUCGCCCAGGCUCGCGAGACCUACCAGGAGCACCUCAAGGCGCAGGAAGAAGCCGAGAAGACGCUCGCCAACCUCGACGCCCAGCUCGCCCAGCUCAACCUCCGGUCGACCCAGCCCGUCGAGCCGCUCAAGGCGGGCGUGCGCGCCAAGGCCGACAGGAGCCCGCCGCUCGUUCUCGUCCUCAUCAACGGCACGGUCGCGCCCUUCUCGGAUGCGCUCAUCCAGAAGGGGACGGCGGGCGGCAGGGAGGCGUCCUCUGUUCUGCGCGGCCAGAUCGAGCUCGACACCAGCAGCCUCUCGACCGAGGGCGAUGUCAAGCUCCUGUGCUUCCUGUACUACGACCGCCUGCAGGUCAUCCCGUCGCUCGAGCGCAGCCGUGUCAUCAGCAACCCGUCUACUUGGCGCAACUUUGUCGACGGCUUCUCGCGUGUCACGGGCAACUUCAUCAUCGACGUCGCCAACAGCGCGCCCGCCGAGGAGCACAUGGCGGCCGUCCUGAGCAAGGUCGGCUUCAUGACGAACGUGCAGCAGGUCUACCUCGCCGGCGUCCACCCGGAGCACGGCGUCAGCGACGUCGUCGAGCAGCAGCCCGACGCGACCGCUCAGCUCGGCGAGGCGUUCCUCGACCAGGUCAUGCCCAAGAUCAACCUGGUCCGUCAUCUUCCCCUGCCGGCCAUGGACGAGCUCGCAGACUCGACCAUCGAGCUCGCCGGCGUCUUCGAGUCGUCGAUCGCCCUGCCUACCGACGCUACGUCCCGCAUUCCCGCAUCUCUUCCUACUUCUCGCUCCGCGUACCCGGCCGCAUCGUCCAGCAGCAGGCCUGCGCCAGCGACGACGUACGGCGGAUCAACACCGAGCGUCGUUGCGCCUUCGACGAGCCAGAAGCGGCCGGUCAUCAACCCCAACAAAAGCCUGAUGAACCAGAAUCCUCCUCUGUGCUUCUGGACCUACCUCGCGCCGCAAGGGUGCAGCGCUCGCCACUGCGACCGCUCUCACGACUAUCGCCUGACGCCUGCUGAACAGCGCCGGCUGCGCGACACCGUCAAGAAGCUGUACCCGUGCAGCGAGCUGCGCAAGACGGGAAAGUGUACCUACGCCGCAAAGCACGGCGGAUCGUGCAUGUUCGCCCACGACGUCAAGGCCAUGCCGCGCUUCGACUGAGAGAGGUCCG